AUGGUUGAAGAUAUUGUUACACGAGCAACCAGGAAGAUGAAGAACCUCGGAAGUAUUCAAGGUAGUAACGUGGGGCAGCAGCAAAACAAGACUAGCCCGGGAUCACAUACGAUCGGUAAACAAUCGACGCAAGACACCGGGACAGCAAAUACACAAUCGCAAGAAAUCGUAUCAUUAACGGAGGUCGUACCCGCUCAGAAGGCAGCGACCGCUCACGGAGCAGCUACGAGGGAAGAUGCUGAGGAAAGAGAACACUUAAGUAUUGAGGGAACGGGAGGUACAUCGAUGGCACCAGAUAAAGAAGAUGACGUGGUCGCAGGUCGUUUAACGAAUGAAACACAACGAGAAACAUAUAGGAAUCUCCUGGCAGAGGACGACGGACCAGGUCCCCUCCUCGUGGUGAACAAAGCACCUCCCAUCGGCCCUAUCAUCGCAAAGGCUAAGACAGACCGCGAAAGAUUGUGGGAUCAAGUAUGUCAAGCCAAAGAGGCGAAGGACGAAGCAAAUGCCGACUUCCUCUUAAGGAUUUACUUAGCACUGCCGAAAGAAUCAGAUACGCUGGCAGUCCCACCAGCACAGCUGUCGAGCUUAAGGUCUUCGUCAUCUGACGCCGCAUUACUGACUCAGAACGCCAGAUCGGUUGAUAAAACAGUAAAUUUCAUCAGGGGAUCGGUGCCGAAUCACUCCGAUAUAGGGUUCACCCCUUUCUUCGACAAGAAUAUCCGCGAGUUCAGGGGUCCUCUACCACUUACCAUCUUUGACAAAGAAUGGCAAGAAGAUGCCGUUACUUUCCACUCAGGCAAGCGAUCCAAGACAGACGAGAAAGAUGGUGUAUAUACCGGAUACGAAUAUCCAAAUGAAUGGUCUCAAUCGUUCAGCGCUUGGACGAACAACUUUAGAAGUUUUUUGAUUACCUACAGAGAUAUAUAUAAAAUCCCAGAAUUCGCUCAAUGGAUCGUUGAACACAAGGCCAACGUCGACGAGAUAAUAUCAACAGAUGGCUUCCUGACUGGCUUCAGGUACGACAUGAUUGUCCGAGCGAACGCUUUCGCUUAUAGGGUAGAAACCGCAAGUGGUUCUUCGGUGGUGGAUAUAUCGGUGAUGAGAAAAGAAAUCAGAGAAAAAGCUUGGGCGACAACUAGGAAACUAGAAGAACUCGACUUUACCAAUAACCCUUAUGCGAAAGGAGGCGAAAAGUUCGGGUUCGACUCGAAGACCGGUAAACCAAAACUCAGCAAGAAUCACAAAUCAAGCUCAGACGUUAACUUCAAUUCUCAUAACUCAGGUGAUAAAGGUAACUAUAGGGGAGGGAAUGCGAUGAGGGGAAGAAGUAACUUCAGGAACCGAUCCUUCGGCGGCGGAGGGUACGGUUACGAACACACGUACGAUAACGGGCGCGAUGAUCUUAGCAACGGAGAUUAUAGGGGCUGGUUCCAAAGAAAACACGACGAACAUGGUUCAGGAGGAACAUCGAGUGGUUACAGCAAUUUUAAUCAAAGAGAAGAAAGAAGCCGAGCUAAACCAACUUCUAAUUUCGCUAAAGGAGGGGGGAGCUUCAGAGAGAGGAGCAGUGGAAAGAAAGACCCAAGCACUAAAGACUUGUAG